UGUCUUGUCAACGUCAGCAAUAAAGACUCGAGCUCUAUAUGCAUCCGCAACCUCGCGCUUCUUCCGCGGCAUCAGCAUCCAAUGGAGCCACCCACCGCCGCCCUCUUCCUCCUCCUCCUUCCUCUCUUGCUCGGCUCAUCGACCACCGCCUGCUACUCCACCAUCUUCAGCUUCGGCGACUCCCUCGCCGACACCGGCAACCUGAUCCGAGUCCCCGGCCACGCCGACUGCCAGGCCGGCCGGCCGCCAUACGGGAUGACGUACUUCCACAGCCCCACCGGGCGCUUCUCCGAUGGCCGACUCAUCGUGGACUACAUCGCGGAGGCGAUGGGGCUGCCGCUGCUGCCGCCGUACCUCGAGGCGUGGAGGGGCGGAAGGUUGAGGAAGGGGGUGAACUUCGCGGUGGCGGGGGCGACGGCCAUGGACAACGAGUUCUUCCAGGAGAAGGGCAUCACGACCGGCUCCACCAAUUGCUCGCUGCGAUUUCAGAUCCGGUGGUUCCAGCAAUUGCUGCCCUCCCUCUGCGCCUCUCCCACAGAUUGCGAGGAUAUGCUCCAAAACACUCUCUUCUUGAUGGGCGAGAUCGGGGGGAACGACUACAACUUCCCAUUGUCUCAGGGAAGAAGCUUGCAGGAGACAGAGUCCUUCGUUCCUCUAGUCGUCGACACCAUCAGCUCGGGAAUCAAUAAACUGAUCGAGUUGGGAGCGCGAGCGCUGCUGGUUCCAGGAAUCACUCCUCUCGGAUGCAACACGGUCUACCUCACCACCUACCGAAGCGAUCGAGCUGAAGAUUAUGACGCCAUUGGGUGCAUCAGGUGGUUGAAUGAGUUCUCUCAGUACCACAACGGCCACCUGCACGACGAGGUCCGGCGGCUGCAGGCGCUGCACCCUGAGGCCGUCAUAAUCUAUGCCGACUAUUACGGUGCCAUGAUGAACAUCUUCAGCGAUCCAGAGCGAUUUGGAAUCGAGGAGCGGUUCUUAGCGUGCUGUGGAGGUGGCGGCCCGUAUAACUACAACUCGUCACGGCCGUGUGGGAGCGAAGGGCAAACGGUGUGCGACGAUACUUCGACAUACCUUCAUUGGGAUGGCUUGCAUAUGACCGAAGCCACCUACAGGAUCGUCUCCGUUGGUCUGUUGCAAGGACCAUUCGCCGUCCCUGCCAUCGCCACCACAUGCCCAGCCACUCGAUUCAGCUUCACCCACCCGUCCUCCUCUACUCUGAGUUCUGCCUCCUGAUGAUUUGUGUUAGGGAUGUUUCCUUGCAGUGAUUGACGACGAGUGUUCUCGUUGGA